UUGGUCGAUUGUAACCGGAAAUGAGCUGUGAAUGAUGGAAAAUGGCAGCUGUGUACGCAGUGUUGACAAUUUUUAAUUUAAUUUUAUCUGAUAUACCAAUUGUAAAAUGUUCAACUCACUGGGUUGUAACUGAGGAUGGAAAAAUACAAUCACAGAUUGACUCUGUGUUCAACAUGAAGCGUCCGUACGAUCUGGUUGCGUUCAUGAAGCAAGAGGACAGGGCAGCCAUGCUUGACAAGCUGAAACAGGAGCUGCUCUCUCGCAAGGAUGAGAUUGACCGGACAGAGGACAGGGAUACUGGUCUAGAGGACAAGUUUUACAAGUCAGACGUUGAUUGUUUGGCUGCGGGCAAGCAGUUACCUGACCUUGACCUCUACAUUAGCACCGUCCUUCCACUAGAGAACAAGGGAAUCAGGCCUGAUGACUAUUUGCCUCCCCACGUGCCUGCCAGUGAUUUGAUGCAGCCAGAUUGCACGUUUUACACGGACCUUGAAUACAGUCCACACGCUUUUGAACACCUCGAGGGAAUGAAAGAUCGUAAGAAAUUGUCUGGUACGCCAGAGCUUGGCCUCAAGAAUGCCAUCACUUAUCAGGAUAACGUUGAUGAGUAUGGGCAUCGUAUCUAUGAAGCAUUUCAGCAGAAUCAGACAUCAUGGGUGCUGUACAACAUGGCUGCAUUUUACUGGCGAAUCAAAGGCGAUCCUUACAAUGUGAUAGAGUGUGUGAGACGGGCACUACAUUACUCUCCACGCCACCAGAAGGAUGUAGCACUGAUCAGUCUCGCAAACGUCUUACACCGAGCCCAGAAAUCCAACGAGGCGGCCAUUGUGGUUCACGCCGCACUCGACAUCUCCAAGGAACUCAAUGUGAACCAUUUCACACUGGGAAAUAUUUAUGCUGUUCUUGGGGAGUACAACAAGUCUGUGAUAUGUUUUGAGAACACCCUGAAGAUCCAGCCGGACUUUGAGGCGGCUGCUCGGAGAAUGCAUGCUGUGCUGUGCCACGCUAAACUGGAGAGUGCUCUGGAGGCUCAACAUAGGUCCCUACAGCGGACCCUUAACGACCUGAAGGACUACCAGAAAAAGCAUGACCACUGGCAGCAGCAGAACGACAAGCUGCUUGCGGAGCAGGUGCCUGUGGAGGUGAAGGUAGCCCAGCACAUGGCUUAUGAGGAGCUCAAGAUUAAAGAGAUCUCAACCGAUAUAGAAACAUCACAAAAGCUGCUCAGAACUGCUCACAUUCUUUCAGUCUCAGGAGAGUACUGCAGAAUGGGUGACCGCGAUGGCAAGCAGGUGCUCAUGUGUUCCUGGGGCAAAAAGAACGAACCUGCAGUGAAGAUGGACCUGGCAACCGCCACCCUGCCUAGCAACACUGAGAAUUCCAAGAUCGAGAAAUCCAGCCUUGAGGUCAAUGACUCCGGUGCCAAGGACUAUACGAGACCUGUUCGUGCGCGGAAAUACACGUUUGAGACUGUUAAGGCCCCCAGGUUUCAGGGAGUGACCCCUACACACCUGCAGAAGAGCUGGCCCUCCAAGCAGGAGUGUGACCUCCAUGUGCACAACAGCCCGCCUGACCCUCGCAACCUCACGUCCACCUUCCUGUGUCCCACAAACAAGGGAUACGAGGUGAAGCCCCUCCUCACAGAGGCACUGGGGCUCAAGGUGGGGGAGGAGCACCCAUUACCAUGGUACCCACCGGUCUGCAACAACCUGCUCGACAUCCCAGAGGGCAACUCCAAGUCCUACGACCACGUGCCCUCCAUGCAUCUCGACCAGAGAAAAAACAUUCCUCAGAAGCUGGUGGAUAAUACACACACUGAUUACCUGCUUGAACACGUCAACAAUGGGAAGGUGACAAUUGAGGAGCUGGGUCAAAGGAUCUUGUCAGGACUAAAACAGAACUCUGGCCCCAAAUGGAUUCUGUUCAACCUGGCGGGGCUGUACUGGAGAAUAAUCGGUAACAACUUCCACGCGGUUGAGUGUUUCCGCCGGUCCAUCUACACGGCCCCGGAAGAUGUGCAAGACGUCCCAGAAAUCAACCUCGCCAAUGUGCUGUACAGGUGGGGUCGCUACGAGGACGCGAGAGCCAUUGUCCGGGAAUCUAUGAAACUGAGCGUAUAUGAGCCAGCCACAAACUUCCUCAUGGGAAACCUAGAAUGGGCCCUGAAGAACUACUCGGGCGCCAUAUACCGAUACGAGCAAGCACUAGAGGCAGACGAGAGCUACCCAGAACUGCUCAACACCCUACGGGCUCUCAAGUGCUACCUGAAAUACCUGCAGCCCCAACAAUCUGCUGCUCCAAUCGAGGAAAAUGGUGAGGAGAAAUGCGUAAUGGAGACACGAAAUCGUAACAAACAAGGCAAACCCAGCCCUGUCCAGUGCGGCUGCCAGGCUUGCUGCAACAGCUGCUGUGGCAGUUCAUGUCCCCAGCCUCGGGGUCCCAAUGAACCAGCUAUCCCCAAUCUCUCACCUAGGGAGGAGGAAUUGCUCAGAAGAGAUAUCAAUGCGGCGGAUUUGGAGUCCAGGAUGUUACAGGCACACGAGGUCCGUGUUGAGGACUUCCUGGGCACGCAGUCAUGUGACACUGAGGACUGCAAGAACCUCAAAGUGCAGAUGGUAGUUGUAGAUUAUAUGGAGUGUUUAGUUCCUCUACAGCCACAGACCGGUGGCCAGUCGCCCCACAUCAAACUGGAGUACAUCAACGGACAGCUGUACCAGAAACUGAUCUUUGCCCCCUCGCCUAAUGAGCUCACGGUACAGCCAGAGGACUGCGUCUUGUUCAACGACGGCACAAGGUCGGAAGGUUGCUCGCGGGCAGAAUUUGCGGCCUAUAUGGAAAAGUUAAAAGCCGGUGGAGAGCGCACAGAAUCCGUGACCUUGUUCAUCAACGGUCAGCUGACUAAGAUUUUGCCCCUGAGUGGGGCCCAGGGGGCGGGGCCUGGAGCUGAACACCUUCACAUUCACCUGGACAGUAGAACCAUGGGUGUGAGCCUCAACCCUGUGAACAGGCCAGGGGGCGCAGCCUGUGACAAGGGAGAGGACUCUACACAGAUCUCCAUGCUGGAUAUCAGUGACGAGGAAGAGGAGUUAGAGGACCUUGACCCGGUCAGGAGUGUGGCCGGACCCCCGGUAGCCCCACCCCCUUUUCAGGACGUGGAGGGUGAGGGUAAUACCCGCCCCUCUGGUGACCAAGGAUCUGUAAGCAAGAGGCGGAAGGAGAUCCGACAGCUUCCAGAGUCUGCUAUACCAGACAUGAGGAAGUAUGCAUUGAAGAGACAGCGCCUAGCAACGCCGUCUGCCGCCGAGUGCAAGAGUCUGCCUCACAUUGACCUCAGUCAGUUUACAAGUACCUGGCUGUCAUUGUCAGUGAAAAAUAUCAGACUGGGUCAGCACCUGGACCUGCGUGAGAACAUCCCGCGUAAGGACCUCCAGCAACCAGUCUGCGCGUACAAGGUGCCUCCUCAGCCCCUCGUGGACAGCCUGCCAGGGGUCAAACACAAGAAUGAGCUCGACUAUCAACCAGAAGUUGGUUUGCGAACGGUCCUACAGAAGAGCACUGCCCAGGCUCAGUCAGUGGAGGUGAUGGGGGCCAGGAUUGCACGCGCCCUUGCCAAGAACGAGACCUCCUGGGUGCUUACCAGUCUGGCCGCGCUGUACUGGCGUGUGAGGGGCCAGGCAGGCAGGGCCAUUGACUGCCUGAGGGUGGCGGUCCACACUGCCCCACGCACCUGCAAGGACGUUCCCAUGAUGAGUAUUUCCAACAUGCUCCACAGAUCGGGCUACAUCAACGAUGCCAUAGUUCUGGCUGGGCAGGCAAUGGAGGUAUCUCCCAACCUGGUGGUGGGACAUUUCAACAUGGCCAACAUGUUUGCAGUGAAGGGGCAAUGGGAUCUGGCAGCCAUGUUUUACGAGUCCACCCUAGGUCUGCAGGCAGAAUUUGAACCUGCAAAAGUGCGACUGAAGAUCGUGCAAUGUCGGAAUGUUGUGCAACCACCUCCUCCUCAACUGAGCUAGCUUGCAAUGUGUUGAGCCUCAUUCUGUGAAACCUUGGGUAAAUGCAUGUGAAUAAAGUGUUGUCACAGUCCACACAGGCUUAUUAUAAGGGACAACUAUUUUGGCUUAACUAGACUUUUGGUUAGAAGAGACUUCGUUUAAAGCGAGAUUAUAAGAUUUUUAAUGUGUUAAUUGUAAUAUAUUGAUAAAAUAUGUUACAAUAACACAAAAUAGGCAAGAAAAAUUAUUGAUUGAAGACGAAUUUCAUAAAAUGCAGCAAAAACAAAUUAGCGCCCCAAGCUGAUUGUCACAAAGAUAUUUCGUACAUAUUUUCCUACAAUAACCGUAGCAUUCGUGAUUUUAGUUAGUGUUCGUGUCGUAUGAAAAGAUAUCCUUGCAGGAAUUUUAAAUGAACCGUUCAACUAAAUUUAGAUUCAAUUCGUACAUGCAUGAUUUACAUGCUGGCUAAUUUGACUGUUCAGACAUUUUCAAUUUCAGAAUUAAAUAGCUGGCUUAUUUUGCAUUUUUCGACAUAUGUUUUUCUUAACUUUUAUUUUAAUUUUUAUUCAAAUAUAUGUUUAAUAAGUUUUUUACACAUUUUAUAUAAAUUAAUAAAUAUUUGACAUAAUUGUAUAAUCUCGCUUUAAAACAAAAAUUUCCAUAAAAGCACUAUCAUCACUGAUAAGCCUUUGCAGAUUUCACAUGCUAAUCUGGUUUGACACCUUACGCACAUGUAUUAAGUACAGCUUUCCCAGAACAAGGCACAUUUUGUUGUGAAUAAAUGCUUGUCAUUUAAAAUGAAUGGAUCUCAAGUUUCUAUAGUGAAAACAAAAAUGAGCCUGUUGAUGAAAUCAACAUGCUGGGUAAAUGCUUGUGCUUUAGUUUAACCUUGGUAGCACUCUACAAGUUACAUUUAUAGUUCAUUCUUAAUGAAGCUUGUUCAGAACCUUUGGUCAAAUGAUAUCUUGGGCUGCACAGAACAGGUUAGUUCCUUUGUAUCUCAGGUUAGCAACUUUUGGAAUUUCAGGCCCUCUUGUUUUUUAAUGCCCUUUGUCAUAAUUGUGGCAGGAGGGUAUAUUUGGUUUACCAUGUCAGUAUUUAUGUGUGUGUUAAAAACAGUUUGUAUGCAUGUAUACGUGGGUAUUAAAGUGUCUGGUACAUUUUCCAUUUACCACUUAGAUACAUAUUUUUAAUGCAUUUGUAGUCCCUUAGAAAGUUAUAUUUAAUUAAAUACCUUUCUUACUAAAUUCAAGUUUUUAAGGCUUCAUCUCCAAACCUUAGAUACUGAUGAGCAGCAAAUAGCAUAAAACCUGAACAGACUGCGAGUUACUGGCAGGCUGUUUUGGUUUUAUGCUGUUUGCACAUAGCCAUUUUCAUGUUGCCUCUAAGUGGGAAAGGGUUAUGCUGUGUAUGAUGGGAUUUCAAAAUUAAUUGGCACAUAUUAUCAUCAUAUCAUGUUUUUGAAAUCCCAAUAAUUAUUUUUUGACUUGUAUUGCCUGCAUUUGUUUUAAUAAUUUGUGAGAGAGAGUUAUUUUUAAGACUGACAAAAGUAUUUAUUUUGGUGGAAAUACUAAUCUAUGAUUUGUCUUCAGAAUUUUUAUGAUUUGGCCAAGACAAGUCAGUCUAUGUGAUGACCAACAAGAGAUCAUCAAUGGGAAAUGUAUAGUUUUUAAGUUAGAGCUUUUAGCUACGUUUAUAUGUGUGCAGAAUAUGAUAGGUAUCUCUUGAUUUUAAAAUAAACGCUUUUUAACAUAAUGGUAACAGAUUGAUGAUCUCUUGUUUGCAAAGGCCUUGAAAAUAACACAUUAAAUUGGAGUGUGGGCUCUUAUAAUGAACAAGAUUUUCGUUUUGGUCAUCACAUAGACUGAUUCAAGCAACAUUAGUAAAAUGUUUUCUCAAUAGAGAAAAUCAUGGAUAUGUAUUUUUUUAACAAAGAGAUAGCUAGGAGUGAUGUCAUGUUUGACUAAGGAUUUUAAGGGCUUAUUGCCAAGAGAAUUUUCAUGAUUGUGUAUAUCUUAUAUUUCAUGGCAAACUCUUGUUUCCCCAAAUACGAAGGCUAUUGAAAUGUCAAAGUAACAUUAACACACAAAAUCAACAAAUAUUUUGCAAAAUAUUUCGUAAAAUAAAAUUAAACCAUAAAAAGUUAGUGUGCCUUAUGGCAAUAGCCAAAAUUUCAAUGCUAGAUGUUUUAUGGUAGUAAAGAUUUAACAAGAUAAAAAAUGCUCGUUUUUAUUUUUUGUGGCAAAAUAUAGUCCACUUUAAUUUCCCGCAACUAUAUCAAUUCAUACAACACACAAACUAUGACUUGGUAAAUCAACAACAUGUGUUAAAUAUAUUGUCCCACAAAAAAUAUUCAUUGAUUUUGAGUAUUUAUGUUACUUUAAAAGGGUUACUUUAUUUUAUUUAUUGUAUAAUCUUUUAUCUUAUUGGUAUGUUUUCUUUGAAAUUGUUGUUUUGCGAUUAAGUGUUAAUUAAAAAAUGUUGUGUAAUUAUAUUUAUUAAUUUUGUAAAAAAUAAAUAAUUAUCUUUUAAUUACAAAAAAUUGUUUGACAAUUGGUAUAUUGGCAUUUUGCAAGCAUACAGAUCAUUUAAAUAAAAUGUAAAAAGAAGA